UGCAUGUGUGAUUGACGGAGUUACUAAGUUGUGGGAUUAAUGAUAACAACGAGAGGAGUGCACGACGUAUAAUACAGUGACAGUUGCUUUGCAGUUUUAGUUUGGAAAUUGAUACAAAUAUAUUUGGUAAAUUGUGCACCGAAAACUGGACGAUUUGUGUAUUGGUUUUAAUUGGAAAAAGUACAACGAUUACAAGAAAGCGCAAUGGCAGCCGGUCUUUCUGUGAUUGAACAUGAGGAAGCUGAAUCGACGUAACGAUCCAGGCCAUCGGGAUGGCCGUCGCUCGACCCUUGAGACCGGCGCUCCUGCUCGCCACUCUGCUCGCCCUCGCUCAUGGUCGCGGCGCCGUGCUGGACAGCCAGGGCCCGGUGCUGACUUCGGAGCCGAGGCCCGCGCUCGAGUUCAGCAAUGACACGGGCGCCAUGGUGCACUGCUCGGCCAACGGCAGCCCCCAGCCGCGCGUCGACUGGCUCAUGGGCGACGGCUCGCCCGUACUGCCCAUACCCAACAUACGCGAGAUGCUGGUCAACGGCUCCAUGUACUUUCUGCCGUUCGGCGCCGAGAACUACCGGCACGACGUGCACUCGGCCGUCUAUCGAUGCCAGGCAUCGAACAGCGUGGGACGAGUGCUCGGCAGGGAGGUCUCCGUCAAGGCCGUCGUUCGCCAGAAGUACGAGGUGCUGGUGAGGGACGCCUACGUGCUGUCGGGCAACACGGGCGUGCUCCGCUGCGAGAUACCGGCCUUCGUCAAGGAGUACGUCUCGGUGACCUCCUGGGUGCAGGACUCGGCCUUCAACAUAUACCCGACGCCGGAAAGCGACGGCAAAUACCACAUGCUGCCUACGGGUGAGCUGCUGGUGUUCUCGGUGACUUCGGCGGACGCCCACGCGAGCUACCGCUGCCGCACCGUACAUCACGUCACGGGCAGCACCGUCGAGAGCUCGACUUACGCGCACCUCGUCGUCACAGAGCACAGAAACGCGGUGCCGCCCCGCUUCAACGAGCGCCUCAUCCCGGCGCCCGUUAAGACCGGCGAGACCAUCGUCCUGAGCUGCAUCUCCCAGGGCAUACCGCCGCCCACCUAUCUGUGGUUCCGCGAGAGCGGCUCGAGCCUGAUGGGCCCCGAGAUGAUGGUGAACUCGGAGCGGGUUCAUGCCCGCGCGGGGGUGCUGGUGGUGCAGCAGGCCCGGCCCGACGACGCCGGCAGGUACGUCUGCCACGCCAACAACACGGCGGGCUCGGAGCGCGUCGAGCUCGAGGUCUUCGUCAUCAGCGGCCUCAGCAUCAGGAUAGCUCCCCAGCAGGUGACGAUCGACCUGAACAAGGACGCCGAGUUCCAGUGCCUGGUGCAGGGCCAGCCCGUGCCCACGGUGACCUGGGCCAAGGACGCCCUGCCGAUACGCGAGGGCAGCUCCGGCCGCACCAAGAUCAGCGGCCCGGGCGGCACGAUCCUGCACGUCUCGGCCAUCACCCGCGACGACAAGGGCAUGUACCAGUGCUUCGCCAAGAACGACUACGAGAUGGUCCAGGCGACGGCCGAGUUGAGGCUGGGAGACGCAUCGCCGCAGCUGGUCUACAAGUUCAUCGAGCAGACGAUACAGCCGGGACCAUCGGUGUCCCUCAAGUGCAUCACCACGGGCAAUCCGACGCCCCACUUCACCUGGACACUCGAUGGCUUUCCACUGCCGCAGAACGACAGAUUCAUGAUCGGCCAGUACGUGACCGUACACGGCGACGUCAUAUCCCACGUGAACAUCAGCUCGGUGCGGGUCGAGGACGGCGGCGAGUAUCGCUGUCAGGCCGUGAAUCGCGUCGCCAAGAUCCAUCACGGCGCACGGCUCAACAUCUACGGGCCGCCGCACAUCAGGCCGAUGGGCAAUUACGCGGCGGUGGCGGGCGAGACGACCGUCAUCAAGUGUCCCGUGGCGGGCUUCCCGAUCUCGAGCAUCACCUGGGAGAAGGACGGCCAGGUGCUGCCCACCAGUCGCAGACAGGAGGUGUCGCAGAACGGCACCCUGAUACUGCACCAGGUCGACAGCAACACCGACCGGGGCGCCUACACGUGCACGGCGCGAAAUCAGCAGGGCAGAUUCGACUCGCAGACGGUGCACAUCGAGGUCAAAGUACCACCGAGGAUCGCCCCGUUUAGCUUCAACAAAGACCUGUCGGAGGGCGUGCGCGCCCAGGUGACCUGCAUGAUCGAGCGCGGCGAUCCGCCCUUCACGAUCGCCUGGUCCAAGGACGGCGAGCCCAUACAGCCUCAGGCUGGCGGCGGCUCGUCGCCUUACGCUCGAUUCGGUAGCUCUCAACAGCAGCAACUACAGCCACAACCAGCUGGCCUGAGGGUGACGAGCUUCGACGCGCACUCGAGCACCGUCGUGAUCGAGAGGGUCCAGGCCAAUCACACGGGCAAUUACACCUGCCUGGCCAAGAACUCCGUGGCCGAGGUCUCGCACACGGCCGAGCUCGUUGUUCGCGUACCUCCGCGCUGGCUGACCGAGCCCCAGGACGUGCACGCGCCCGAGGGCAUGUCCCGGCUGAGUCUGCACUGCCACGCGGACGGCUUCCCGCCGCCGAGCGUCACCUGGCGCAAGGCCAGCGGCAACAAGCCCGGCGAUUACAAGGACAUCGCCGUACAGCACGAGCAGCAGCACUCGAUGUCGACGACGAGUCACGACCCGAAGAUUCAUUCGAACGGCUCGCUCGUGUUCGCCCGCGUCCAGGAGAAUCACGAGGGUUUCUAUCUGUGCGAGGCCGUCAAUGGAAUCGGAGCUGGACUCAGCAAAGUCGUUUAUCUGACCGUUAAUGCGCCGGCGCACUUCGCGGUGAAGCACGAGAACCGCACGGCCAGACUAGGCUCGAACACGUCGCUGCGCUGCGACGCCAAGGGCGAUCAUCCCCUCAAGAUCAUCUGGCGCAAGAUCGGCUCGCAGCUCGAGCCCGCCAUCUCGGACUAUCGCUACAUGGUCAAGGAGCUGAACAGCACCGACGGCGCGGCCAGUGUGCUGGGCCUGGUCGGGACGACCCGCGACGACAGCGGCCGUUACGUCUGCAUCGCCAGCAACGCCUACGGCCGGGACGAGAUGACCAUACACCUCUACAUACAGGAGCCUCCGGAUUUUCCGAGAAACCUGCGCGUACUGGAGAAAGGCAGUCGCUUCAUCAAGCUCGGCUGGUUGACGAGCCAAGACGGCAACAGUCCCAUCACCCAGUACAUCGUCGAGUACAAAACGGAAUCGGAGGUUUGGCACGAUCACACGUUCCACACGACGGUGCCCGGCGGCCAGUCGCACGCCCACAUAAGCGGACUCAGGCCGGCCGUCACGUAUCAGUUUAGGAUAUUCGCCGAGAACGAGCUCGGCAGGAGUCAGCCCAGUGAUAUUUUAGACGCCACGACGGAAGGCGAGACCCCGGGCGGACCGCCGAAGAAUUUGAAGGUCGAGCCGAGCAGCUCGACCGAGCUCAAAGUCACGUGGGAGCCGCCCGACGACGAUCUGUGGAACGGAGAAAUCCUUGGAUAUCACGUGGGCUACAAGGAACAAAGACACGGCACCGAGUACGUGUACAAGACGGUCGAGGGCCGCAUCUCCACGGCGAGCAUAGCCCUGGGCCUGGCCAAGACCGCCAUCCCGGGCCGCCAGUGCCAGCUGUCGGGCCUGAAAAAGUACGCGCGCUACAGCGUCGUCGUGCAGGCCUACAACGCCCUCGGGCCCGGCCCCAUGACGCCCGAGGUCGUCGCCACUACCCUCGAGGACGUCCCCUCGAGUCCGCCUCAGGACGUGCGCUGCACCGCCCUCACCUCGCAGUCUCUGCAAGUGUCCUGGGACCCACCGCCCAAUUCCAGCCUCAACGGCGUCCUCAAGGGCUACAAGGUCAUGUACGAGAACAUGGACGCGCUGCAGGACGCCGCGGCGGGCAAACUCGACACCAAGAGCACCGCCGCGCUCACCGUCGGCCUCACCAAUCUCGAGAAGCACACCAACUACUCGGUCCAGGUGCUCGCCUGGACGCGAGCCGGCGACGGCGUGGCCUCCGCCCCCCUCUACUGCGUCACCGAGGAGGACAGGCCCGAGGUGCCAGCCGGGAUCAAGGCCGUGGCGAGCUCGGCCACGUCCAUCAUCGUCUCGUGGCAGCCGCCGCUGCGCAGCAACGGCAUCAUCACGUCCUACAGCGUGCACGUGCGCUCAGUGGGGCCCGACGGCAAGUGGUACAGGCGCGCGCUGCCGCCCCACGAGACCAGCUACCUCGCCGAGAAUCUACACAAGAAGAACCAGUACGAGUUCAACAUCGCCGCGGUGACCUCGGUGGGCGACGGCCCUCGCACGCCCUCGAUCAUCGUCUCCCCCUCGAGCGAGGUACGCGCCGCCGUCUACUCGUUCGGCGCCACCCUCGUCGUGCCCUGGAAGCAGGACGUCCUUCUACCCUGUCAGCGGGUGGGCAAGCCCGAGCCCAGCGUCACGUGGAAGCAGUGGGGUCAGGUGAUCCGUUUCGGGCCGACCUCGCGACUCGUCCUCGAGAACGACGGCUCGCUGCAGAUACGCGAUCUGCAUCGCGAGGACAGCGGCAACUACACCUGCCACGUGGAGAAUCGCUACGGCUCGGAUCAGAUCACGCACCAGCUGACGGUUCAGGUGCCGCCCGCAGCCCCGAUGCUUCACGCCACCAGCGCAACCAGCAACAGCAUCAAUCUGCAGUGGAAGCAGGGCGACGACGGCGGCGCCCAGAUACGCGGCUACAUACUCCACUUCAAGCGCGAGUUCGGCGAGUGGGAGGAGGUCAAGCUCUCCCACAAGGUCAGCAGCUAUCAGCUGUCGCAGCUCUGGUGCGGCACCGACUAUCAGGUCUACCUCACGGCCUACAAUCGCAUCGGCAUGGGUUCGCCCUCGGAGAUAGUUCGAGCCACUACAGAAGGUUCCAAGCCCGAUGAUUCCCCGGCCACGGGUGAUCGAUUCAUCACCGUCAACGUGUCCUGGAUCACGAUGCACCUGCACGGCUGGCACGACGGCGGCUGCCCCAUCACCCACUUCGAGCUCGAGUACAAGCGCUGGGGCGAGGAGCUCUGGACCCUGGUCUCCAACAACAUCGAGGUGCAGAAGUCCUACACGCUGAGCGAGCUGCAGCCGGGCCAGGGCUACGAGCUGCGCAUCAGGGCGCACAACAACGCCGGCAGCUCCGUGGCCGAGUACAAGAUACAGACGCUGCAGCAGCCGCACAGCAGCUCGACCUCGCCCGGAGGAUCGUUGGGAGGUGGUGCUGGUGGUGGUGGAGGUCUCGAUGGGGUGGAGAGGAACGGAUACGUGCCGCAUCAGGGCCAGACGCCGGUUUACGCAGACGUGAGACUGGUGCUGCCCCUGGUGCUGAGCUCGGCGGUGGUGUGCGCAGCCGCGGCGGCCGUCUUCUACUGCUUUCGUAGGAGGCCUUUGAUGGGUGACUUAGGGAGCCUGCACGACGCCCAGACCGCCGCCGCCCUGGACAACAAGCAAAACAUGGAGCAGAGGGAGCAGUACUACGCCACGGUGAGGAAGCCGCUGCGCUCGCCAAUUCACGAGAUUGGUACGUUGGAAAGAAUACCAGAAUACUCGGAGGACAUUUAUCCCUACGCGACGUUUCAACUGAAGGAGAGCGUGCCGAGUAGCGAUAGCCGCUGCGACUCGGCUGCGCCCUUGCAGACCUUCGUCUAUCACGAUCCGAGGCUCUCGGCCGCGGACACGCUCCAGCUCAGAGAGACUUCUUGUACCAUGGACCAGAAUCUAGCACGUCUACAGAACCCUCACCGGUUUUUGAGAGAAAAUCGUUUCCUGGAAGGGGAAGACCCAAGAUGCUACAGCUGGCGCGUUGUCCAACCGGGGGGGAGAAGACCAGGCCAGAGCACUUCGUCGUCAACGGGGGGGCCAACCCCAGGCCCGGGUCCUCACAAUCCACAAAGCAGCAGCAACAACAACAGCAGCAGCAGUACCAGCAACAGCAGCGGCGGCAGUACCAGUACCACCACAAGCCAGCUGCACCACCACCCCCACCACCAUCACAGCAGCAGCAGCAGUCAUCCGCAGCAUCCGCCGCCGCCGCCGCCAAUCGCCAACAUAACGGCUGGUCGCACCACCACCAACAACAGCAGCAGCAGCAGCAACAGCAGCAGGAGCAUCAUCCAGGAUCAGGCAUGUUCUGUGCCAAGCUGGAUCCACCCACAGGCUUCUCCGACCAGGCUGAAUUGAUGCUAGCCGCGGAAUCAGAUCAACAACGAUUGACGUCGUGCCACGUCGGCCGCGAAUUAAAUCACUCGAGACCCCCGUCC